UGGUGGCGCCGCGGCCGGGCGGCUCCUCCCUCGUCCCGGCCCCGCGCGGAGCGGACGGACGCGGUUCCCACGCUGGCGCCUGGCGACCGGGUGCGGUGCGGAGGGGCCUCAGGAAAACCGGGGCCGCCCAGCUGGCUCCGCAACUGCCCCCAGUUCUGAGGGAGGCUUCACAGGGUCACCAACGGCCUCAAAGGGAGGCCCAGCCAGUCCCCGGCCCCGCGGCGUUUCCAUGGAGGACCCCACCACGUUUGCUGCGCACUGGCUGCCCAGUGACCCCCGCCUCUUGGCCACGGUGACCAACGCAUUCCUGGGUACACGCGUGUUUCACCACGCGCUGCAUGUGAGCGGCGUGUACAGCGGUGCCGGUGGGGACACGCACCGGGCAGUGCUGCCCAGCCCCCUCAACGUCCGGCUGGAGGCCCCUGCAGGAAUGGGGGCGCCACUGACCGAGACCUUCGCCCUGGACACCAACACAGGCUCCUUUCUUCACACCCUGGAGGGCCCCCACUUCCGGGCCUCCCAGUGCAUCUACGCACACCGCACGCUGCCCCACGUCCUGGCUUUCCGUGUGUCCAUCGCCCGCCUGGCUGCGGGGAGCGGGCCCAUCACGCUGCUGCUGCGGUCAGCCUUCUCCCCGGAAAGCCCAGACCUGGAGCUGCACCCGGGUCCUGACUUCCAGGGAGCCCGGUACCUGUACGGCCACACGCUCACCCCGGAGCAGCCCGGGGGGCCGCAGCAGGAGGUGCACAUGCUGUGGACACCCGCGCCCCCAGACCUGACCCUUGGGGAAGGUGAGGAGGAGGAGACCUGGGACUUCCUGACCGUCGUGGGUGGCAGCCAGGCCGAGGUCCAGGCCUGCCUCAAGGAGGCUCUGCGGCUGCAGGCCGAGGGAGCCCUGUACUCGGCCCACGCGCUGGCCUGGGCCCAGCUCUGGGCAGAAUGUGGCUUGGACGUGGCGGGGCCCCUGCCCCUGCGCCAGGCCCUGCGUGGCUCCCUCUACUACCUGCUCAGCGCCCUGCCCCAGCCCAAGGCCCCAGGAUACAUCUGCCAUGGCCUCAGUCCUGGGGGCCUCUCCAACGGGAGCCGUGAGGAAUGCUACUGGGGCCACGUCUUCUGGGACCAGGACCUCUGGAUGUUCCCGAAUAUCCUGAUGUUCCACCCAGAGGCUGCCAGGGCCAUCCUGGAGUACCGCGUGCGAACGCUGGGCGGGGCCCUGGAGAAUGCCCAGAACCUGGGCUACCAGGGAGCCAAGUUUGCCUGGGAGAGUGCAGUUUCUGGCCUGGAGGUCUGCCCCGAGGACAUUUACGGGGCCCAGGAGGUCCACGUCAAUGGGGCCGUGGUGCUGGCCUUCGAGCUGUACUACCAUGCCACCCAGGACCUGCAGCUCUUUCGAGAGGCUGGUGGCUGGGACGUGGUCAGUGCCGUGGCGGAGUUCUGGUGCAGCCGUGUGGAGUGGAGCCCCAGGGAGGAGCAGUACCACCUGAGGGGAGUCAUGUCCCCCGACGAGUACCAUUCAGGGGUCAGCAACUCCGUGUACACCAACGUCCUGGUCCAGAACAGCCUUCGCUUUGCUGCCGCCCUGGCCCGGGACCUGGGGCUGCCCGUCCCCCGCCAGUGGCUGGCCGUGGCUGACAACAUCAAGGUGCCCUUUGAUGUGGAGCGGAACUUCCACCCGGAGUUCGAUGGAUAUGAGCCUGGAGAGACGGUGAAGCAGGCGGAUGUUGUGCUCCUGGGAUACCCCGUCCCCUUCUCCCUGAUUCCUGAGGUUCGAAGGAAAAACCUGGAGAUUUACGAGGCUGCGACAUCCCGCCAGGGCCCCGCCAUGACCUGGAGCAUGUUUGCCGUGGGCUGGAUGGAGCUGAAGGAGACGGCGCGGGCCCGGGACCUCCUGGACAGGAGCUUUGCCAACAUGGCUGAGCCCUUCAAGGUGUGGACGGAGAACUCGGACGGGUCAGGCGCUGUGAACUUCCUGACGGGCAUGGGGGGCUUCCUGCAGGCAGUGCUCUUCGGGUGCACGGGGUUCAGGCUCACCCGGUCGGGUGUGACCUUCGACCCUGUGUGCCCAUCGGGCAUCUCCAGAGUGAGCGUCUCCGGUAUCUUCUACCAGGGGAACAAGCUCAACUUCUCUUUCUCUGAGGACUCCGUGACCGUGGAGGUCACGGCCCGAGCGGCGCCCUGGGCUCCUCCUCUGGAGGCUGAGCUGUGGCCGUCCCAGGCCCGGCUCGCCCUGCCGCCAGGACGCAAGGCCUCCUUUCCCCGCUCAGCUGGCCGGAUACAAAGGUCACCCCCGAAGCUGCCUGGAAGCUCCUGCUCCGAAUUUCCUGGGAGGACUUUUUGAAGAUAUUAGGUACCUGCUCCAGAGCCCAAAGGGCCCCUCUGGGUCACCCUUGGUCCCUCCUGCCCCACUGAGUCACUCACCCUGGAACCUGCCCUUGAAUAAUCAGGAGCGUCGGCUUUAGAAAUGUCUCCUGGGCUUUCCCUGUGGCCACUCCUGCACCCACCCCUCCUGGACACCCUCAUAGCCUGCCAGCCAGGUGCUCAGGGAGAGUCCACGCUGCUUGGCCUGAAGUUCAAGGCUUUUUUACUCUACCCUGAACCCCUCCCCAGCCUAGACACCCGUGGGCUUCCCCAUGGCAUCCCCAUGCCGCAUCUGCCUGCCCUGUGGACGGAUGCCAUCACCCGCCAUCCCAGGGCACUGCCCCAAGCUCCCGAAGGCAGGGUCUGAGCCUGUACCACCUCUGGCCUCUCAUCCCCUUCUCCCUGAGUGCCUUGGUCACCGCGACCCACAGCUCUCUCUGCUGAGAGGGCAGAGAGGCAGCUGCAGAGCUGAGCGUGGGCAGCAGGGAUACGGGGUGUCAAGGAAGGGGCUCGGCCACCUUCAGAAUUCCCCAGGACUCUCAGGCGCAGCUUUGCCAAAAGGAACUUUUCACGUCACGCA